AUGGGAAUUCAUAAUUUGGCAAAAUUAAUUGCUGAUCAAGCACCAGCUGCUAUUAAAGAAGGAGAAAUGAAGAAUUAUUUUGGUCGAAAGAUUGCAGUCGAUGCUUCAAUGUCAAUCUAUCAAUUUCUUAUUGCUGUUCGACAAAAUGGUGAAAAUUUAACUAAUGAUAAUGGUGAAACGACUAGUCAUUUAAUGGGCAUGUUUUAUCGAACAAUUCGUAUGGUUGAAAAUGGUAUUAAACCAGUUUAUGUAUUUGAUGGAAAACCACCACAAAUGAAAUCAAAAGAAUUAGAAAAACGUCUUGAACGACGUACAGAAGCUGAAGCAGAAAUGAGCAAAGCAGCUGAAGCUGGUGAUGAAGAAGCAUUUGAUAAAUUCGCACGUCGAACUGUUAAAGUUACUCGUGAACAUAAUGAAGAAUGUAAACGGUUAUUAAAAUUAAUGGGUAUACCCUAUGUUGAUGCACCUACCGAAGCUGAAGCUCAAUGUGCAACACUUGUCAAACAAGGAAAAGUUUAUGGAAUUGGUACUGAAGAUAUGGAUGCUUUGACAUUUGGUGCUGAUGUGCUUGUACGUCAUUUAACAUUUAGUGAAGCACGAAAAAUGCCUAUUCGUGAAUAUUCACUAGCAAAAGUUCUUCAGGGUUUAGGAAUAAAUUUUGAAGAAUUUAUAGAUUUAUGUAUUUUACUUGGAUGUGAUUAUUGUGAUUCAAUCAAAGGCAUUGGACAAAAACGUGCACUUGAUCUUAUUAAACAAUAUCGUAAUAUUGAAACAAUACUUAAAAAUAUUGAUAAAAAAAAAUAUGGUGUACCUGACGAAUGGGCAUAUGAAAAAGCAAGAGAAUUAUUUAAAGAACCUGAAGUUUUAUGUGGUGAUGCAAUUGAUCUUAAAUGGACUGAACCCGAUGAAGAGAAUCUUGUAGCUUACAUGGUUAAUGAAAAAGGAUUUGCGUAA